AUGGCUACUAGUGGUGAUCUUGAGAGUACUCGUCCCUUGGCUCAGUUUACACCCACUUUUCUAGGAGAUCACCUUUUCUCUGUUCCCGUCGAUGGUUCUGAGUUUGAUGCAAUUGAGCAUGAGAUUGAAUCGGUUAUGAAGCCGUAUGUUCGAGAUAUGCUCAUGUCUACUCACACCUGUGACAAGGAGAAGAUUCAUCUCAUUCACUUGCUUAUCAGUCUAGCCAUCUCCCACUAUUUCGAAAACGAAAUCGAAGAGAUAAUAAACAAAGCUUUUGGGAGGUUAGAAGUCUUGAUUGCCAAGGAAGAUGAUCUAAAAACAAUCUCUACUAUGUUUGAGGUUUUCAGAUUGUAUGGUCACAAAAUGUCUUGUGAUGUGUUCGAAAAAUUCAGAGGGGGACAUGAUGGAAAGUUCAAGGAAAGUGUAGCUCGAGAUGUUAGAGGGAUGUUACAGUUGUACCAAGCAUCAUACCUCAAAUCAAAAGAUGAGGAUAUAAUGGAAGAAGCAAGAAGUUUCACUAGGACUCACUUGGCUGCACUGAGUUCUACUACUCAACCACAUCUCUCUAAGCAUAUACAAAACGCAUUGUACAUACCAAGAUAUCACUGCAUAGAAAUAGUAGUUGCAAGAGAAUAUAUCUCUUUUUACGAACAAGAAGAAGAUCACGAGGAGAAUCUUCUCAAGUUUGCGAAACUCAACUUCAGCUACUGCCAGUUGCAUUACAUCAAAGAGCUCAAAUAUGUCACAAAAUGGUGGAAAGAGCUAGAUCUUGCGUCUAAACUACCUAAUACCUUUCGAGAUAGAAACGUGGAGAUCUAUUUUGGCAUGAUGGGUAUAUAUUUCGAACCACGAUACUCCCUUGCGAGAGUUAUAGGCACUAAAAUCUCCAUGAUCAUGACGGUUGUUGAUGAUACAUAUGACGCCUAUGGCACGCUUCCUGAAGUUAUACGUUUCACUGAUGCCUUGCAAAGGUGGGAUAUUGGAACCAUUGAAGAUCUACCAAAUUAUAUGCAAAUUAUUUUCCGAACAUUGUGGAAAGUUAUGCAAGAUAUCGAACGAGAAAUGAGCUCGCUUGGAAGACCUGGUGGUGUGCAACCGACUAUAGAUGAGAUAAAGAGAUUGGCAAAGCAAGGGCACCUAGAGAUAGCAAAAUGGGCACGCUCAGGUCACGUGCCAAGCUUUGAGGACUACAUGGAGGUUGGAAUCGUCACAGGCGCAGUGGAUGAUAUGGCAGUCUACAGCUUUCUAGGGAUGGAAGAUUGUGAUGAGAAGAUAAUGUACGAGUGGUUUGCUUCUAGACCUAAAGUCAUUCUAGCUCUCAAUGUGGUGCUUCGUCUGGUUAACGACAUAACCACAUUUGAGGAAGAGUUGGAGAGAGGAGAGGUUGCAAAUGGAGUCAACUGUUACAUGAAGCAACAUGGUGUCAGCCAAGAAGAGGCGGUUAUAGAAUUGAAGAAGAUAAUUAAAGAUCACCAUGAGAUGAUGAUGGAGGAGUUCUUUAAAGCUUUAUCUACUGUGCCACGCCAGAUUGUAAUGCGAGUCUUCAAUAUUGCACGUGUGAUCAAUUUGUUCUACAAGGAAGGUGAUGGGUUUGGUCAUCCAGAUGAAAAUCUCAAAGCUCACUUUACCUCUUUGUUUUUAUAAAUUUCGUAUUGUGAUAAUCUCUUCUUUUUUUUUUUUGUAAAAGGGCAUGUGUAAUCUAUGUGUUUCAAGUUGUUGUCUGAGUUUUUAUUUUUUUUAAUAUUUAGUGAAUGAUUUAGGCCUACGG